GCAGGCGCGGCCCCUUUAAGGCUUGGCCUACGUGGCAGCUGCUAGAGCCGCCGCGGCGCAGCAAGGCCGGCCGCCGGGCACUUCCUGUGGAGGCCGCAGCAGGCGCGAGCGCCGAGGACCCGCCAGCUGAGCCCGCUGCCGCCGCCGCCAUGGGCCAGAACGACCUGAUGGGUACGGCCGAGGACUUCGCCGACCAGUUCCUGCGAGUCACCAAACAGUACCUGCCUCAUGUGGCACGACUCUGCCUGAUUAGCACCUUCUUGGAGGAUGGCAUCCGUAUGUGGUUCCAGUGGAGUGAGCAACGUGACUAUAUUGACACCACCUGGAGCUGUGGCUACCUGUUGGCCUCAUCCUUCGUGUUCCUCAACCUCCUGGGACAGUUGACUGGCUGUGUUUUGGUGCUGAGCAGGAACUUCGUGCAGUACGCCUGCUUUGGGCUGUUUGGAAUCAUCGCACUGCAGACAAUUGCCUACAGCAUUUUGUGGGACUUGAAGUUUCUGAUGAGGAACCUGGCUUUAGGAGGAGGUUUGCUGCUGCUCUUGGCAGAGUCCCGCUCAGAAGGGAAGAGCAUGUUUGCUGGUGUUCCCACCAUGCGUGAGAGCUCCCCCAAGCAGUACAUGCAGCUUGGAGGAAGGGUCCUGCUGGUCCUGAUGUUCAUGACCCUCCUUCACUUUGAUGCCAGCUUCUUUUCUAUCGUCCAGAACAUUGUGGGCACAGCUCUGAUGAUCUUAGUAGCCAUUGGUUUUAAAACCAAGCUGGCAGCUUUGACUCUCGUCGUCUGGCUGUUUGCCAUCAACGUGUAUUUCAACGCCUUCUGGACAAUCCCGGUCUAUAAACCCAUGCAUGACUUCCUGAAGUAUGACUUCUUCCAGACCAUGUCAGUGAUUGGAGGCCUGCUCCUGGUGGUGGCUCUUGGCCCAGGGGGUGUCUCCAUGGACGAGAAGAAGAAAGAGUGGUAACAGACAGAUCCCUCCCCUCCCUGGCUGAGGCACAAGGCCCUGGACUGGUUCAGGGUAGACAACAAACUGCCAGCGUUUAUGUGUCCUCUUCCCUUCCCUUCCCUUGGUAAAGGCACAGAUGUUCUGAGAACUUUAUUUUCAGACACCUGAAAACUGAAGGUAAAAUCUGCUUUGGAAACAGUCUGGAGUCUAACUAUCCAGGGCUGGGCAGCUGGAUGGUCAUUCCUUAGCCAAGGAUUCGAGUAGACAGUGUGGUGGGCUAUGGCCUCAAUCCUGUCUUUGAGUUUCUUUUGAGGGAUGAGGGCCUUCAAGUUGUACUGAGCUAUACUUUAUCAUUCAAAGCAGUUUCCCUUUUAGGUGGUUUUUUUUUUUUUUUUUUGGUUUUUUGAGACAGGGUUUCUCUGUAGCUUUUGGAGCCUGUCCUGGAACUCCCUUGGGUGGACCAGGCUGGCCUCGAACUCACAGAGAUCCGCCUGUCUCUGCCUCCUAAGUGCUAGGAUUACAGGCGUGUGCCACCACCGCCCGGCUCCCUUUUAGUUUUAAGUUUACAUCCUUAGCUCAAACUACUAAAUGACUUAGGAUGGUCCAGCCAAACACCAAACAGUUGAAACCUCCAGUUCAGAAUCCUACCAGUGGCCCAGCAUUGCUUCUGCCCCUGUAUUUUAUAGGAUCAAUGAAGAUGUUAGAGAAACCCCAAGCCUAGAGAAUAGUAAAGUAUUGGAGAGGUGGCUGCUACUGCUGGCCCAAGUCCUUGGUGUCAGCUGGCUGAAUGCUGUUUCCUGGGUCAAAGGGACCCUGGCUCCAAGCAGGGAUGGGAUGGGUCAGGGGUAGGAAGUUCUUGGAAAGCUGCUGGUUUAGGUACUGCUAUCCCCUCCAGCUUGGUGGUGGGAAGGGCAGGAGAUCCAGCUGCUCACAGGAUGGCCCACCACAAAACCAGCUUGGGGAGCAGUAAUGCCAUGGGGCCCAGAAGUGAGGAGCCCCAGUACUGAAGGCACCCAGGCUCAAUCCAGUUACCUCACACUUGACCUUCUCAGAGCAAGGCCUGGAUCCCACAGACCGUGCUCCCCCCCAGCUUAACUCCUUGUUCCAGGCUGAGUUUACCCCAUCGACAGCCCCGAUGACACCAUUUCCCUGAGGCUGUUGCUUGCUCAGAUUUUUGUCAACUUGCUCUGCUGGAUGCAGCCAAGAUACUUUUUACAAUUUGUGAUGCCUUACCAAUUUGAUCUCAGUCCUGUAUUUAAAGUUUUCUAACAUUGCCUUAUACCGUGUUUCUCUUUUUGUGGGGUGGGGAAGCUGUCUAAUGCUGUGGUCCUGCUCAUCUGUAUGGUAGUGCCAUGAGGGUGGUUGUGCUCCUUCUCCACCUUCCCCAGGUCUUUUGGAGGAGACAGGUAGACAGGCUUAGAACCCCUGGAGAGGAGCUGGCAGCUCACUUACCCUUAGGUGCAGAGUCCUGGAGGUGUCCUCCUUUCUGGCAUCAGCUGGGUAGGCAGGACUCUGUCCUCUUGAGUCACCUUGGGUCAAUCCUGCCUCUUCCCCUUGCCUCACGGGCUCUGCAGUCUGAAUUCACCUUCUCAACACCCAGCCCGUGUUCCGCAGCCUUACAGCCUGCCUACUCCUCCUUGUGUGAGUUCCAGCAGUGGCUCACGCCAUGACAUUUCCUUACUACCAAGUCCCUUGACAAGCAGAGCUGCCUCAGUGUAUACCCACCUGCUCCGUUACCUGCAGUGGCAGCCCCGUAAUAUUCCAGUUUGUGGAAUGGGGCAGAUCCUAGGAGGCAAAUGCAUGCCUCUCAGCAGCAGCAGCCCCCAUCCCAAGGAUACCCUGGCCCAUCUACCAGCUUUCUGUGGGCUGUGCCUGGGAUGGGACAAAAAAAAAAAGAUCUACACAUUGGUUUGGCAAAACGGUUUCUGAAAAUGCUUUAGCUUUAUGUGGGAAUAGGUAUAAACCUCAUUUUUAUGCUGUAUUUUAUAUCUUAGUUGUGUUUGAAAAUGUUUUGAUCUUUGGAAACAUCAAAAUAAAUAAUGGCAUUU